AUGCGGAUAAUUGUAUUUUUGGGCGGACUAGCCCUACUUCUUGCGAUAGCGAAAGCAGAAGAAAAUUCAGGAUGGUCUUGGGGAGGAGAAAAAAAGGACCAAGUUGCAGAAACGAGUGAAACGUCAACUACUGUACCUCAAAGUGAUAGCGGCACAGCCGAAAAAAGUUCUGAUGAAGUGAUUCAACCUAGAUCGAAAUCAAAUAUCGAAGCAGAUUCAGAACAAAUUAUAGAAGAUAUUCUUGCAUCAACGAGACAAGGAAGAAAUUUAGACGGUUACGAUGAAGUAUAUAGCGAUCCAAGUGUUCAACAGGCACUUCAAAACGGUGAUGAUGGCGAGGCAAGAAAUAUUAUCAGAGAUAAACUCUGCUACUUAGGACUGAUGCAGUGCGAUGAAGCUAUAGAUCCAAAACGCCCAUACAUAUCACCUGAAAAUUUAAUUUACGCCCAACCUGUCGCUUUGAAGCCAUACGGUCGACCAAUUGCUUCUGUACCACUAAGAGGACCACCACGUGCAUAUGGACCUCCAAAAACAAUGCCAUUCCCUCCUCAUAUUAGCGGACCAUCAUAUUCAUCAAAUCGCCAAGGUUAUGGUCCACCAAAGCAGGGUCCUUACAGACCAUUUGGACCUCCAAAAGAGUUCCCACCUGGUCCUAUAUACUCCGCAACACCACCCCCGUCUUACAGUGGAUCAUCAUUCCAAUCGUCGCAAUUUUCACAAUCGUCUAGUUUUAACAGACCACAAAUUGGAAAUAAAUAUGAAAUUGCUGAAGUCGAUACCUCGCCUUAUGAAUUUCAAGCUCCCUUCUCGAGCGAUUUGAAAAAGCCUUCAUUCGCACCAAAUGCAGGUUUAAAUUCUGGUAGUGCUAACGCAGAUGGAGGAGUACAGAAGCAUGUUCAUCAUCAUUUCCAUCAUAAUGCAGAUGCAGCCGAUCAAAAAAUUCCGACAGUAAUCGUCAAUAAUCCUGGACUUCCUUCUAAUUUCUUAGGAUCAAGUAAUAGUUUGAACUCAUUAUCAAGCAAUAGCGGCUUCAAUCAGUUGACAUCCGGCUAUGGCAGUAUUAAGCAAUAUAAAGAUAUAAAAGAUUUUGCUGGAGUUAACAGUCUAAAUGGUUACAAAGGCGUAAAUGCAGGAUUGGGAUCAGCAGCUGGCUCCAAUGGAUUAUAUGGAACUGGAAUUAAGCAAUCAUUUGAAUCCUCCGGAUUGUCUGGUUAUGGUGGUGUAGGGGGAGCAGGUGGUUUACCAACUUAUGAUUCUGGAAAUGCUUUCAACGUUGGGUCAAACUCAUUUUCUUCUAAUGGGUUUAGUUCAAGCACAUAUGGCGGACAAGGAGCUUCUAGCACCUUUUAUAAAAAGGAACUAGACGUCAGGGGACCUGCCUAUGCGUCGCAAUUGAAUGGUGGAGCUUCAUACCAAGGAGGAUAUCAAAAUAAUUACCAAGGAAAUGGUUUGGAUUGCGUAUGUGUACCAUUCAACCAAUGCCCAGCUCCUGAUGUACUUGGUAGAAAGGAUGAUCUUUUAUUACCAAUUGAUCCCAGAAAUCUUGGAUCUAACAUUGAAGCACUCGCUGAUGACUUGGUCGUCACAGACGGAAAUGGUACUAUGUCUAUAAUACGUGUCACUAAAGAAGCAGAUAAUUCAACAAGUGCUGAAGCCGAUGAAAAUACUAAAAAAAUCUCUAAAAGGUCAGCUGCGCAAGAUAAACAGGAUUCUUCGUCAGGAGAUAAAAAGGUAGAAGCGCGCGGAUUUUCAUACGACGGAGUAAGUAAUGGUCUCAAAAAUAAAAAUAUCAUUCCUACGGUGGGCGUUUCCUUUGGGCUUCCUUCUGGAAGUGGUCCUUUGAAUCAUUUUGGCCCAUCAAUUCAUGACCCUUACGGUAAUGGCGGACCAAUAAGAGCAGGCGGCUUUGACCUUGGCUUAGGUUACGUUAAUCCAUUCUUAGCAAUUCAAUUAACAAAAAAUGAAUACGGCGAAAAAGUGAUAAAACCUAUCGUUAACUUUCAUAUAACACCAAAUGAAAGACUCGUAGGUAAACUGCAUGGCAUAAAGCAACAGUUACAUCUUCUGCAUCACACGCAUCAUGUACACCAUAAUCACCAUGGUAUCCCUCCGCCGCCUCCAAUUUACCAUCAUCCUCCACCCCAUUUCCAUGGCCCUCCUCACCAUCAAUAUGCUCCUCACCAUGUCCCGCAUUAUUAUUCACGCCCGCCGCCACCCCACCAUAAUUUCCAUGACGACCAUGAACUUUCUCAUCCUCCGCCUAAUGAUUACUACGACUAUGGAGAUGACGAUGUGGAUUUUAAUUCAUACGGAGAACGCCGUUCGCGGCAGCAUAACGCCCGAAAUGCGACCUCUGCUCUGUCCCAAUACCAGGAUCAAAGGAUUUCCCUUCCUAAACAAGCUCCGGGUACUGAGCCCGGCGCUGGUACUGUCACCUUUCCAAACUCACGACGCAAGCGUGACACAACAACUGUGAAGACUGACACGACACGCACUAAGCGACAAGCUGGCUAUUUCAAUGGCUUGCAGCAAUGCGGACCGCAACAAGUAUGCUGUAGGCGACCCAGACAGCAGCAGUUCCAACAAGGAAGAGCACAAUGUGGAGUCCGAAACUCACAAGGUAUUAAUGGCCGUAUUAAGAAUCCAGUUUAUGUUGAUGGAGAUAGUGAAUUUGGCGAGUAUCCUUGGCAAGCAGCUAUUUUGAAGAAGGAUCCAAAAGAAUCCGUGUACGUGUGCGGAGGUACUCUGAUUGAUCAUCAGCACAUUAUCACUGCAGCUCAUUGUAUAAAAACUUACACCGGCUUCGAUCUGCGCGUACGUCUGGGAGAAUGGGACGUGAAUCAUGAUGUAGAGUUUUAUCCAUACAUAGAACGUGAUGUCAUAUCAGUUCACGUGCAUCCAGAAUACUACGCCGGAACCCUGGACAACGAUUUAGCUGUUUUAAAAUUAAACCAACCUGUUGAUUGGACGCGAACACCUCACAUCAGUCCUGCAUGUUUACCCGACAGACACAGUGACUUUACAGGAGCCCGCUGUUGGACUACCGGAUGGGGAAAAGAUGCUUUCGGAGAUUACGGAAAAUACCAAAACAUUCUUAAGGAAGUCGACGUACCUGUAAUUGGCGAUGCACAAUGUCAAGCACAACUACGACAGACGAGAUUGGGAUAUAGUUAUAGAUUGAAUCCAGGUUUCCUCUGCGCAGGAGGAGAAGAAGGAAAAGACGCCUGCAAAGGCGAUGGUGGUGGACCUUUGGUUUGUGAACGCAAUGGAGUCUGGCACGUAGCAGGUGUUGUAUCCUGGGGUAUUGGAUGUGGCCAACCUAAUGUUCCUGGUGUUUACGUCAAAGUGUCACACUACAUUGACUGGAUAAACCAGAUUGUAGGACGAUAUUAA